AUGAAGUGUAUUUUGCGAGUCCGUUCCCUUGUUUUCUUGGCGCUGCUCUAUCUCAUCCUCGUACUGCUGCUAUACUACUACCUCUGGCAAGACCGGGCCCUGAGUAAACUCUUGGAAACUCCCGCGGGCUUCGAGGGAACUUUUACCAACGACCUAGACUAUGAUUAUCCUGUUGAGGACCCAGACGUGGCGGAGGACGACCCUGGGGGAGUAGAAUUCAAUUUCAGGAGGAACCCCGCCCCCCAGGGGGUCAAGAUAUUCAAUGGUCCCCAAAAAAGACCCCUCUAA